AUGGCAAUCUCACUGUCGACAGCAGCGCGCAGCAAGCAGGCGCGUGCCCAGGCACUCGCAACUGGGCUUUUCAGAACCGCAAUGCUGCAUGUGUCGGAGGUCAUGUCUAACGAUCUGGCUGGUCUACAAGCUCUGCUCUUGCUGAUCCAGUACACCUUCUUGAAUCCCAGCGUUGCGAAUCUGUGGCUGCUGACCGGGUUAUCAAGCGAGGCAUGUAUCGAGCUGGGUCUACACCAAGAACUUCCCGCCACUGCAGGCGCCGAUGUCCUCGAGAGGGACAUGCGUCGACGCAUAUUCUGGUGCGCCUGGGAAAUGGAAGUGGCAGUCUGUGCUGGCUUUCAUCGACCGGUCCGGACGAAAAACAAAUACGUCAAUGUGUCUUUCCCGUCGGAGUUCGGCGACCAUGCCAUCUCAAGGAGCCAUGUUGACACCACAGGUCCACGCCUUAAAAUUGUACCCUGUCGAAUUUGGAGAUUUCGCAAGAUCGAGUCCGACAUCAUGUCUGUGCUUUACGAUGACGAACCCAUCCCGGAGGAUUGCGCGUCUCUGGAAGAAUGGUUUACCAGAACCGAAACUGCAAUUCGGACUUGGAUGGAAGAGGCACAUUCGUCAGCCGCCUUGAACCAAGAUCCGUCUUUGAAGUCACAAUGGGACGAAAUGGAGUUGUACGCCGAUAUUGCAUACCAGUACACCCUCGUCCUCCUCUUUCGGCCCUGUCCAAGAGUCAAGAUGCCAAGUCGGGAGAAUCUCAUGAAAGGCUUCCACGCUGCUGUGCAGGCAGCCACAGGAUACUGGGAGCAAGCUAAUUCUGAGUUCGGCUAUAUGAAGUAUGUUUUUCACCCUUGUCACCAUACGUUCUCGGCCGCAAUCGUCUUUCUGCAAGCGUUGCAGUACUGCAGGCCCGAGAUUGCCGACCUGCACACUCUCGAGGAGGUUGAAGAAUUUAUGAUGUGCUUCUCUCGCUUCUUCUCGACUAUCUCUGAACGAUGGCCUGCAGCGACUAGAUGUCUACACGAAUACGAGAGGCUUCUGGGCCCGGUCAAAAAGGAAUACUCUGAGUUCCUUGAGCAGCGGUCACGACUUUUGGACGAGCAGCUCUCCAUGAACGCUUACUCAGUGGACGGCUACCUUGGACACAAUGGUUUGGAUGACAUUGACUCUUUCGCAUUUUGGGAGGUUUCGAAUCCUUUUAUCGACUUUACUGGGGACGAUCUCAUCGACAACUACACAUAUCCACCGUAUGACUGGAACGCCGAAUUUGGAUUUGGAAUGGAGUCCAUGGACUCAACCCUUCCAAGCUAA